AUGGAGUACAUGGGAAGCAAUAUAACAUACAACAAAGACAUAUACAGUGAGUUUAAGUACUACUGUGAACAGCAUGAGAUUGAAGUAAUGAGUAAAGGAGAUUUUGAAACGCUUAUGAAAGACAGUAAGGAGGUCGUUCAUGAGAACAGUGUUGAAAUAGUUCAUGAGAACAGUGAGGAGGUCAUACAUGAGAACAGUGAUGAAAUAGUUCAUGAGAACAGUGAGGAGGUCAUACAUGAGAACAGUGAUGAAAUAGUUCAUGAUGUCGUUCGUGAAGAAGCCAUUGCAACAAAGAAUGAGAUAAAGGAUUUCAUAGAACUUAACAAGGAGGAGUUUUAA